UUUCACAUCAACCAGUAGACAGCAAUAUUUAAGCUUACUUUUUAAACGAACAAAGUUUUAAGAUGGUGAAUUUUUACCAACUUGUUUUUAUUGCUUUGUCUACAAUUGUGACGUUGACUUCAGCUAAACCCGAUGCAACAUCAUAUGCUGCUUAUCAUCCAAAAUUCCAUAACACUCACUUCGAUGGACAUGAUCACUAUGCACCUCCCCAUUACAUAUUCAAGUAUGGAGUUAAAGAUCAUCACACAGGUGACGUCAAACAUCAAGCAGAAGAACGUGAAGGUGAUGUAGUUCAUGGAGAAUACAGUUUGGUCGAACCUGAUGGUCGAAUUCGUAAAGUAACUUACACUGCCGACAAACACAAUGGAUUCAAUGCACAUGUGCAUCACGAACAUCAUGCUGUUCACCCACACCAUUAUAAACAGCAUCACGAAGAGGAAUGAAAAUAUUUCAAAUAAUAUUUCUUAUAGAAAUUGUUUGUUACUCGAAAUUUUUGUUUUUAAUAAAACGUUGUUAAAAUACUAGU